CUUCAAGAGAAGCAUCUUCAUCUUUUCCCAAAGGACAAUGAAUCGCUUUCUAUUUUCCCAUUGAUACCACAGUAUGACAUCUCUUUCAAACGCCAUAAUCGCCACCUCAAGCUUCUCUUCAUUAGUCAACCGAUUGAGGGCGAAAUAUCGUUCUGCCUUAAAAAUCCAUCCAUCCGGGGUUCGAGCCAUCGAACAGUGGCAUCUCCAGUCUCCGGGAUCGGAAUUCAUGGCAAAAUCUGUUUGAAUUUGAGCCGUCGUCUAAACCAUGAGAUUCCCCCUCGUACGAAAACGAUCCGCCUCGAGCCGUAUCUUCUUGCAAUUUGAGGAACUGUUCGAAUCGUUUGUUCAUAUUUUGUAUUUCCUCUUUCAACGUUCCCACUUCUCGUUGGAACUCUUCUUGCACGGCACCAACCACUUCCUCCAUGGAAUUCAUCCGCUGAGCAACAUUUUUGGAUGCCAUCUCCCAGGUACGUUUGCUCUGAUACCAAUUUGAUACACACUGGGAUGAAAACAGACUUAGCAACACAAAUAAAGGCAAAAAAAAUGGGUGAGAGAAACUUUUAUUCACUGUCUGAAUAGUUCGAUACUUUUCAAGCAUUCGAGAGGCUUGGGAACUCUCCAAAAUGAGCAAGCUCACUACAAAACAAAUAUUUUCAUACCCUUCCACUAACCAACCCUUCCCCCUAUAUUCUCCUCACCCCCUAAGCCAAAACAGAACACCAACAAAUACUAACAGAAUGCCAAAACUUAUUCCCUAACAGAAAUGCAUAACAAAAUUGCAUAUUAGCUCCCCUUCUCUCUAACCACUUCUUACACGUCAGCUAUGAUUUAGAUUUCCAGAAUGACCCUUGCGCCUAGAAUAGGUGAAACGCACUUGUGGCCUAACACACAUCCCCUUAGAGACAUGCACAUGCAUACAUCUCUUGUCGACAUUCUCUCAUUUUCCUCAGUUACGGACUACUGAUCAUCUAAAUUGAGUGCCAAGUAAUUUCCUAUUAUUUAGUGUUGGAUUCCAAAUUUACCGUCAAGUUCAUUCCUGUCUCAAUCUUUCAUGACUAUUUAGUAACAAAGUCAUUGAUGACAUUAAGUUAUAGAUUCUCAUAUUAGUCACAUUUUUUUGCUCUUUUGCCUCAUUGAAUUUGGGUUCAAUGUUGCAUUUUUAUUUGUUUUGCAAGAUGGAAUUCUUGUUCUUUUGGAUAGGGUUUCCUAUCUGUUAUCUCAUGCAGGAAUAACCUAAUGUUUCAUGCCUCUGAUUUUUUAUGACAGGAGUAUGGGAAUCACUGAAGCAUUAAGAUUGCAGGUGGAGGUUCAGAAGCAGCUCCACGAACAACUUGAGAUACAGAGAAAUUUGCAGUUGCGGAUUGAAGAGCAAGGGAGAUACCUUCAGAGGAUGCUUGAGCAACAGACAACUUCGCUGUCAAAAGUGAUACUGCCUUCUCGUGCGGAUGAUAAAUUGGAAUCCUUGGAACAGGAUCUUGGCAAUGGAGGAGUUGCUGCAAGUAAUGCCAGCAUGUCAGUUGAGAAAACUUGCCAAAAAACAUGUGAGGAGCAAAAGGCAUCAGAGAAUAAGAUUUGUGACAAUGUUGACCCUGAUGCUAGUGGAUCAAGUCCCCCUCCCACAAAGCGUGCAAGGACUGAUGAAGCUGCACCAUCAUCGCCCAAACUGGCAUCUUGA